AUGGCAGCAUUCUACGAUGCUGGCCGCCACGAAGAGGGCAUCGAUAGCGGAGGCCGGCAUAUGCUGAAGAUCUACGAAGGCGUCUCGACAGAGUCUACGCUUGAGGAAGGCGACAUGUCUCGUGCAACCCAACAGUUCCACGAUGAAGCGCCAAUUCCAUUCUCUGUGACGAUUCCGCGAGCGGAGGUGGUGAACUCUGGGGCGUGGCUCACCCAUAUGAGUUACUUGGUGCAGUUUUCUGACAUGGGGUUGGUCCGUACCGUUCGCCGACGCUUCAGUGACUUCCAGCGCUUAGCUCAGGACCUCGAUCAUCUUCUUUCUCAUCCUUGCGCUCACGUUCUCUGUGCGACUUCCCCUCGCCCUCCGGCUGGCCCUCGAAGGACACAAAAGAGCAAUCAGACGCCGGGACUGGCUCUCUUGAGACCCGCUGGCGGAGACAGUCCAGCGCCUUCGGGCCCGUGGGGGUAUCUUGGUGCUAAGACUCCGGCGGUUUCUCCACCCUCGCAGUCUGAGACUCACGAAUGCCAAGGCACGGGGGAGAGUUGCGGAGCAAAUGCGUCUUUCUGUGAAAGGGACUCGGAAGACGAGGCGUGCGACACACACCGCUCUCCAUCCUUUCCUUUCCUCGUCUCAGCUGGCGAGCAGCCUGUUCGUUUUCUCUCUGUUGAGCAAGGAGACGGGGUCGGGCCUCUCACUUCGGACGGCUCUCUAAAUCCUUUUCUGGCUUCGCAGUUCCCGAGCCACCCCGGUCUGGGUAAUGGCUACAGUGGAUCCUGCGCCUCCCCGUGCCGGGGCGAAUGCGCCGCCAAGGGGUCCAUCGUGUCUGUGCUGCCUCCCAAGCGUUUGUUUGGAAACAUGGAUCCUGCAUUUGUGGAAGAGAGACGAAGGGAACUGGAGCGUUUUCUUCAUCUGCUUCUUCUCCGCGAAGAGGUCUUUCUCCUGUCCCCGUUCUGGAACUUCUUUGAGGCGGACCACGCCUCUGCUCUACUCGCGAGCUUCUUCAUCCUCACAGCCCCGGCCCGAAGGCGCAGUGGGAGACACGACUCCACGGCUCUGGGCGUUUUGCAGGAGACGCUGUGGAGGCUCCGCGAGCUCGUCUGCGGCGCUCUGCGGGACGAGGCGGAGCGCUUGUCGCGCCUCAGGGACAUCAGGGAAGGCGACGGGGGCGCAGCCGUCGAAAACGCUUCCACACGAACGCAGUCCGAGUGGCUUUAUCCAGACCCCGGAGACCGAGGCUGGCCAGUUUCCGCCCUCGACUCGUCUUCGAUCCGGCCUUGCCCCAACACGCACGGUGGGGUUCCCCUUUCGUCAUGGCGAGAAGGCAAGGGGAUGCGUUGUCAUCUUGGAGAGAAUGCUUCGCUCUCUGAGCCUCCGCCGACAUCCUGUCAAGACUUUUCAGAUUCGAGUGCGGCGAGGACGCCGAAUACUUCUGAGCACCUCCAGGCGGACGCACGUGGAAAUCGAGACACUCCAGGAGGGGCGCGAGGGCGCGUGAUUCUCCCGGUAGGGCGAGGCGAGGCGGAACUCUGGCGUUUGUGUCACCCUCAGUUCGUCCUUCGGCUCCUCUGCAUGAUUGCAGAUGGACCUUAUCUCCCCGCCUACGUUCAGCUGCAGGUUGUCGAUCUGCUGUGUCUCCUUCUCUCUUUGUCUCCGCCCUGUCUCCUUCCCCUCCUCGUUCAAGCGCAUGCGUUCGAGCUGGUGUUUCGCCUUCUGGAAUACACUGCGGCGUCGGUCAACGCCGAGAUCUCUCGAGACCUUUCGAGGUCGCAGAGUUUCCGCAAACAGAGUUCUCGGGCCUCGACGUCUUCUCUCGGCACACAGCGCCCUUGUGCGCAGGAGGAAAGAGGCCUUACGUCAUGCUCGUUUCGCCAGCGCAGAGAAGCCUCCGCUUCUGGAGCGUCUUCCUCGUCGGAGAGAGAAAGUGACAACAUGCACAGGCGGCGAGAAACAGACCGCGAGUCAAGUGAAGAGCCGGCGGAGGAAGUCGCCUUCCGUCCGGCAGCAAGAAAGCCCAGAUACGUGGAGAGACUCGGCAGAAGGCUUCGAAGGAGAGCCCACCGACAUGCAACGCCGUCUGCUCCCUUCGUAUGCGCGCGAGAAGAGGGAAAUGGGCAAGGAGACGGCCAGACUGUCGACUGCGACGAGCAUCUGCGGGUGCGCAUCGAAGUGGCCGAUGCAUGCAUGCGCCUCGGCGCCCGGUUGGUCGAGUUGUGUCCAGACGAGUUCUUUUUUUUUUUGAAGUCGAAAGAAGGCCUGUUGCGCCUGCGCGAUCUUCUCCGGCAGAAAAUGCAAAAGCGUCCGGCGCGCAACCGUUCCCACUACAGAGAAACGUCCAGAGACAGCAGAAGGGGACACAGUGAAGAACGACGGAGACAUCGAGCCUCGUCGCUUUCCAGUGGGCGCCGACAGCCUUCCCAGAGCUACUCGCGGGAACUGAGUGAGGCGGACGACCCGGGGCGAGUCGGCGCAGAGGGGGAAGUCGUGGAAGGCGAAAGGGCUGGCAGAAGCCGAGGAAGCGCCGAGCGGAGAGGCCGACGGGAGAGACAGGGAGACGCAGCCUUUCACGGGAUGGACGGAAGCCAGGUGCACAGGCAAACAGCGUUGCCAGAGAACGACGGCACCGAUGAAGCCGACACAGAUGCCACAGGAGACGAGGCUGCGAACGACUCCGAGUCGAGCUCGAACGCGAGUCUCGAGAGCUAUCUCUCGGAAGAACAAGAAGACCUUUCAUCAGCUUCGCCUCUUCUGUCUGCGUUGCGUCGUCGUGCGGCUCGCCGCAUGCUCCUCUGCAUGUUGCCUGUGUCAGCGGUGCCUGGAGACAGGACGCUCCGGGUCGCUGCGGCGGGGCAGAGCGCGCGGCAGGAAGCGCGGAGACGCCGAGGCCAGCGACGCAGCUGUCGGGCGGCCUCGCCCUCUUCGGUCUCUUCUUGCUCGAGGGACUGGGACGGCCGGUCUGACGCGGAGCGCACGGCUGCGAGUGCGCGCCUGCGAGGCGAGGAAGCCAUCUGCCAAGACGGCGACACGGUGCCCCGCCGAAGUUCAAAAGAGCACGCGUCGCGUUUCGAGAGAAGACCCGUUUUUCACGGCUCGAGGCCUGCGUCUCCUCACUGGAACGUCCACGCGCAUGCAGCCGCCAGCUGCGGUGUCUGGGACCCUUCGGGUUCAGCGUCGUCCCGCUGCUCCGCCUUUUCUUGCUCGCGCUCUGUCUCCUCGUCGAGCCGGGUUGCGCGGGAAGGCCUUCGCCUCUCCGGCGCCAUGUGCCCCGCGGGCGCCGGCGGGCGGGCCAGAAGCAGAGGCAGCGAAAACCGAGUCGAGGGCUGCACUCCAGAGGACGACAGCCUUUCUCCGAUGCGACAGCGCGGUGCACUGAGACUCCCCAAGGAGGCUCUGCGCAGAGCGUUCAAGGGUCGCCUCCACUGCUUUGUGGCGUUUCUUCUCUGGAUCUCUCUCCCGCUCGUAGGAGUCGGACGCGCGCUGACGAGUCCCCAGUCGCUCGGCCUUGAGAUUCUGUCUUUGCUCUACAAGUCGCGGCACGACACUUCGUCUCGGAUCCUCUGUGCGCUGCUUCUGGCCUCACUUCUGCGUUCCUGCGACUCCUCGUUCUUCGCGGAAGACGGCGGGCGACGCGCUCGCCUUCAGCAGCUUCUCUCCCACAGCUUGCCGCGGAAACCCACGUUUCUCUCGUUCGCUCCGCUAGGCCUCGCCGAGUCGCCGCAAGUCGCGUCGCCUGCGGCGUCUCCGUCUCGCCCACGAGCGAGUCGCGGAGACACCCUAGACGCUGGACACGGAACGAAAAAAGAUGUGCAUGCGCGGGCGCAACAAGCUGCCGAGGCGAUCGGCACACUGCCGCUCCUCCUGGUCACGCGAGCUCUCAGGCAACCCGCUGAGGCCGAGCUUCCGAGCCGUGGCGUGAGUUCCGGCCUGUUGUUCUACAUCCUCAGUCGCCCCAUGGCGCCUCGCCUGCUUCCUCUCCUGUCUCUCUCUUCUUCGUCGUCUCGCCCGGGGUCGUCGCCGCUUCUUUCGCCUUCUGAAAAGGCAGGAAGUUGCUCGUCGCCGGCGUCUGCGGUGUCUCCAAGCGGGGUUCAGCAGGAAGAGACCCGCGAAAUUCGGGCUGCAUGCGAGAUGGAAAUUUGCCUCUUUGUGUGCUGGCUCCUCGGGAUCCUCGUCAGCCAAGGCAAUCCCGUGUAUGCGUGUCUGAAACGCGAAGCAGAGAGGGAAGACGGAGAGAAGCGGGUUCUGGGCGACACCGGCGCAUGCAGACAACCGGACCGACCCUCGCUCGUUAUUUGUCGAAAACCUCGUUCCUUGUCUUCGUUUGCUUCUGCCUUCACGCCAGCGAGUUCUUCCCACAUUCCCGCCUCUCAGUCUUCGACGGAAGUCGCUUACGUGCCGGGCGCGUCGCCUUCGCGUCCACGAGGGCGAGACGCAGCUGUCUUGGCAAGCGCGCUGUCUCCGGGAGACAGGCGCGCUGUUCCGUCUCCCUCGCGGCGCUCGCCGGGCGAUUUCCCAGAGCCGCUCCACAGGAACCCGCUCCUGCCUGAAACUCAGCCGCAGCCGCGUGUGGAGAGCGCCGAAAGCGCGGCGAGACUUGCUGGAGCUGACCGGGAGUCUCAGAAGUCUACUUCGUCUCGCGCCCCUGGAGACUCGCGCCGUCUUCGGCCCUCCUCGCAGACCUUGCCGGGACGGGGAGGCCUUCCGUUUCUUUCUUCUCUCUUGCCUGCGUUCUUCGCGCCUGUCGCCCCGCCGGCCUCGGCGUGUUCUGGAAACCUUCCCGCGGAACUUCCUGUCUCUUCCUCGUGCGCCCUCGACAGCCUCCCGCACCGCAGCUACUUCUCGCUCUUGCUCUCGUGCAGGCGCUUCAUCCCGCUUCUCUUCCGCCUCCUUCAACGGAGUCCGAGCCUCACGCUGCAGCGCCUCGUCGCCUUCGUGCUCCUCUGGCUGCCCGAAUGGCACGCCCACGCUUUCGACGGCGAGUCGGCGGAGACAGGCGAAGGCCGGCUGGUGCCGGGGGCUUCGGGGGGAGGCAGGGACGCGCGUGCAGCGAGCGGAGACGGCGGGAGACAGUUCCCAGAGAACGCCUCAGGCGGAACGAGGGAGGGAGGGGAAAUCCGGAAACGCAGAGCGGCAGACGAGGGAGAAGGAGAGCGCUGGGGCCGAAAGAGAGAGAACGGAGAAGGCCAGGAAGCGGAGGAACGGUUCGAACAGCGUCACCACACGGUGGACCAACCAGACGCAGUCCUCGGAGAGGACGCGAGUGCACCGCGCGAGUGGGAAGGCGACGACGAGAGGAAGGCGAGGCUCCACGGUCGCCGCACGCGGUCUUCUUCGCCAGCAGAGAGAAUCGAGGAGCCGCGAGAAACAUCGCAGACACUCAACGGUUCGUCGGCGUCCUUUUCGUUCCCUGUCUCCGUUUCUUCGUCUUCUCAGCGUGAGGCGCGCGUCGACGGGCGUCAAGAGGACAAGGCGAGGCACGCAGAGGAGAACGCAGCGAGGCGCACUUCGCCAUCUGCGUUUUCGUGUCCGGACAUCUCUCUGCUGCGCGGCCGGGUGACGGCGUGUCUCCUGCUGAUGCAGCAAGUGCAGGAGGAAGGCGACGCGCAGACGCGCCGCCUCGAACGGGAGAAAAAGGCUCUUCAGUCUCUCGAGGAGCUCGUGUCUGGGCGGAGAAGUCCGCUGCGCCGGUGGGGGCCCGCGUGUGAGGGCCGCGGCGCGGCGAUUCAGAGACACUUGCGAGGCCGCGGCAAGACAGAGGGCCCUAGAAGCGAAGCGCAGACCAGAGACCGAAGCGAAGACGGACGAGAAGAAGCGUCUGUGCAUGCGCAAAGCUGCGAGAGGAGUCCGAACCUCCACAUUUCUGCCGCGCCUCUCGACCCGAGCUCUUCGGGAGUCUCCUUCUCUCGCCUGCCCGAUGCCUCGUCGCCGCAGGCGAGAGACGCGCCAGGCGCAGAAAACGAGGAAGGACUCAGCGAAGAAAAGCGAGGCAGGCGAGAGGGCCGAGGCAAGCGAUUUGAGCGGAACGGCGAAGAGGAGGUCUGGGCGCUCUUCCAGAAACUUGGGGCACUACGGAGAACUAGAACGGAGAUGAAGAGGCAGACGAGGCACGCGGUGGACUUCCUCACAACGACUCGCGGCAAACUCGAGAGCUUGCACCUGUACGCGAGCUCUGUGGAGCAUCUCUGCACGUCGAAGAUUCUUCCGCUGUCUGGUGCGCUAGCGGCCAUGGAUGAAGGCCAUUGCCGCCUCUCUCUCUCGCUUGCGGAGAAGGCGCGAAAGGAGGAAGAGACGAAACGCGCCGUGCAGAGACAGGGCGAGCAAGAGCUCGUAGCCCUCAAACUCCUGCAGGCAUGCACGGAAAGAACGACUGCUGCCAAGAGAGAGGCCAUGCGAACGCGAAACGAAUGGAUGGAAGUCGAACAGCUCAUUGCGGCGGCGCCGCAGCGGCGCCAGCAACUGGAGGAGCAAGUCGACUACCGCAUGCAGAUUUUGAAUCGUCUUCGGGAGAAACAUGCUGAGGAGAAACUUCGGCUUCAGCAGCUGCGUCUCGAAAAUCAACGCCUAACUCAACAGAGGACGCAGGACGAGGCCGAGGUUCGACAGAUCGCUGCGGCUCUCGAGGCCUACACGGAUGCACUGAAUCGCCGCCAGGAGUCUCGGGCGGCGGAGGCGCCUUCUGCGCCGGGUCCAGCUCUGUCGUCUCACCCUCCAGCCGCUGUCUGUGGCAACGCGCAAAGCGAAGAAGACAGCAGGUGGCCGCCUCUCACUCCCUUUGUCCGUCUUCUUCCGCCUCGCUUGCAAACGCUUCCAGAUCUCCUUCAUCUUGUCUCCGUCUCUGAAGGCCAUCAAGGCCGUACCCCUCCUUCUCCGAACGCCAGUUCGUCGGGGUGGUCGCCCUCACGCGGGGAAUCGUGUCUCCGUUUUCUUCGCCUUCUGGAGCAUCUUUUAGCGACCCGACGAGACAAGCUGGGAGAGGGAGAGGAGGGGGAAGAGGCGCGGUACCACGAGGCGCUGAGUUUGGAAGAGCACGUGGAGAGUGCGGCACGCGAAAUCGAAUCUCAUGAAAGGCAACUCGACCGGCUGAGAGCGUCGAUUUCCGAACAGACGAAUCACACAAGCCUCCUCAAGAAGGCCGAGACGCGGCAGGCAGACGUUCGCAGGUGUGACGCGGAAGUUUCGCGCUUGGUGGAGGAGGAGCAAGCUGCGCGUCGACGACAUGUGAAGGAGAAGGAGGCGCAUGCAAAGGCUCGCGCUGCCCUACUCGUGGAGGCGGACGCGCGGCGAGGCGCGGCGGCCUCUCUGGAGGACCACGAGCGGCAGAGCGCGGCGCAGAAAGAGCAAAUGAAUCUGUUUCUCUGUCGCGGAGAGCAUGAGUUGCGGCUGCUGUUUAUCCUUUUGCAGCGAAUCGAAGAAAACCUCGGUCUCAUGAAGAAAGAAAGAAGACGAAUUGAGGCUGCUCUCAAGGAAGAACGAAGAAGCAGAGGCAGCCUCGUCGCCCAAAUCCACCGAACGACAUCCCAACUCAGCGGCCUCUGCGCCCACCUGGAGCGAAUUGACGGAGACGAGUACGUGGCUGCCAUCUAG